GAAGACGAGUGGCGCUCUUGGAAGACGCUUGGUGACCCGGUCCUGCACAUUGAACUCCGCGAAUGGGCCGACGUACUAUUGCUUUGCCCCUUAUCCGCACACACGCUCGCGAAAAUAUCGCACGGUCUUUGUGACGAUGUACUUUCCAGUAUCGUACGCGCCUGGGACUGGGGCUACCACGCUACGAGGCCGCCCAAACCAAUAUUGGUCGCCCCCGCCAUGAACACAGCGAUGUGGACGCACCCGUUGACUGCCCAGCAGCUCCAAACUGUGCAAUCGUUCUAUAACGCAUCUCGGUAUCCCGAGAAGGGAGUGCUGCUUAUUGAUCCUCAAACGAAAGAGUUGGCCUGUGGAGAAGUCGGUAACGGGGCUCUGGCAGCGGUUGAGACUAUACUAAGUGCGGUUCGGGAAGCCCUAUGUGCAUAG